AUGCAAAGUUUACAUAUAAUUAUUUUUUUUAAUUUUCUAUUUAUUAUAAGAGCAACAUAUGAAUUAAAUAAUCCAAAGCAUUUAAAAAACCUUUUAACUUUAAUUACUCAUAAAACAUUUUCUCAUGAACACAUAACAAAUAUAAAAAAUAAAUAUAUGGUUGUAUUUAACUGUCCAUUUAACAACAAAGUAAAAAGGACUACAUUUCCAUGUGUCAAAAGAGACUUAUUAAAAAAUAGUAAGAAAUUAUUUAAUAUAUGGAGUAAUAACUUACCUAAAAUUCAUACAAACAAAAAAUUAGAAAAAGAAAAGGUUUACACUGAAGCAGAUCAUAUAAUGAUAAAAUAUGGAAUAAAUGAAAAACUAAAUUAUUUUGAUUUAUCGUCGUUUAACACAUAUUGUUCUUUUUAUAAAUUAUAUAUGAAUGAUAAAUUUUUUAAUAUAAAAAAAAACAUAUUUAAUAAUUUGAAAACAAUAAAGAAAAGAUGUUUUAUAAAAACAGAUCAUUUAAAUAGUGAUCCUUUAGAAGAAGAAAGUUAUAUAAAUAUAAGAGGAGAUAAAAAAGAAAAAUUACAGAGUGAAAAAUAUAAAAUUCAUAAUGUUAUUGGAAAAAUAAAUUAUUUUUAUGUAAUUUUUUUAAACAAAAUAUUAGAUCAUACUUUUUAUUUUGUGUUUAACAAUAAUGAACAUUAUAUCAUUUAUAAAAAUGAAAUUAUUUAUCCAUUUAAAAUUCCUAAAAAUGAUAAUUUUUUAAAAAGUACUAAUAUAAAUUAUGAAAUAAAUAAUUUUUAUCUGAUAGAAAUUUGUCAUUCAUUAAAUGGAAUAACAUACAAACAAAAUAUAAAUAAGUUGUUGAAAAAAUUAUCUAAUCUAUAUUUUAAUAUAGAAUUUGUUCCAUAUAAUUUUCAAUUACCUCCUGUAUUUUAUCAUAUAACAUUUAUAAUAAUUUUCUCACUAAUUAAUGCUUAUUUUUUUUAUAAGAUUUUUUUGAAAUAUAAAAAUCAUAUUUGA